AUGACUGAUGAAAUCAGAGAAGCUAUCGAAAACGAUACUCUCUUUGCGCAAGUUAAUAAUAUAGAGUACCUUAUCGAACAUAUAAAAGAUUCUAAGUUUAACACAGAACAAGCAAAGUAUAUUUUAGGUGGAUGCAAGAAUAAUUUUAAUAUCCCAGAGACAUUUAGAGUUUUUCGUGAACUAGAUAUCACAUUCAGUGAUGACUUUGGUGAAUUAACUAUCUUUCUCAAUUUUUUGAAUCAAGUAUUAGAAUGCAAACCAUUUCAAGCAAUAUGCACAUUCGUAUCAAACCAAUUCGAUCUAUUACUAGAAGAAAAUUUGAAAUAUGAAGAAGAUGCCAACGAAAAUUCAAAGUUUAAAGAGAAAUUCGAGUUAUUACAGAAACAAAACGAUGAAUUGGCACAGGAGAACAUGGAAUAUGGAAAAAUCUUAACAGAUGCGGAAAAUCUCAAAGAUAAAAUCUCAAAAUUAGAAAUAGAAAAACAAAAUUUGUCGAAUGAAAUAACGAAAAUCAUAGAAGAAAAUAACGCUGCUAUGAAGUCUAAACAAGAAGAAAUCGAUGGUUACAAGAAUUUGCAAAAAAUUAAAGAUGAAUUUGCAAAUAACAAAGAAAAGGAACUUGAAGAAGCAAAUACAAAGCUAAAACAAAAAGAUGAAAUCAUAGCUGAUCUUUUGAGGAAAGUUGAAGUUGGAGAAAACAAAAUUUCAUUACAAGAAGAAGAAAUCAUGAAAUUACAGAGAGCUCAAUCAGACAUGAUGAGAAAUGGAAAGCCAAGCAAUGGAGAGGUUUCUAAGAUACAAAUAAACCUUAAUUCGGUAGAAUCAAGUCGAAUUCUUACAGAAUGCCAGAAAGACAUCGAAUCUUUGAGGAACCAAUUAUAUGAGCAGCGGCAGAUAUCAUCAGAGAAAGAUAAAGAGAUAAAUGAAAUGAGAAAUCAAAUUCAAAAUUAUAAGAGCACAUUAGACACAAUUAAAGAAGGAAAUGAAGAAAGUCUUCAAAAGAAAAUAUCAGAUCAAGCAAAAACAAUUGAAGAACUUGAAAUUCAAAAGCAAUUUUACUCAAGAUCGAAAAAUUCCCAUGAAUUAUAUAUUACUUUUAAAAAACUUGCCGCUGAAGGUAAUACUAAAGUGAUUGAGUAUUCUAAAGAUCGUGGAUUCUCCUAUUUAAUGGAUCCAAAAGAGACAUUUCUGACAACUGCAGCUUAUGACAACGAUUUCGUUACAGCGAAAGCACUCGUUGAAGCAGGAAUGGAUGCAAACUUCUGUAAUGCAGAUGGAGUGAAUGCUGCUUGGAUUUUCCAUGUAAAUAAUAAUCAACCAGCCGUAGAAUUCUUCAAACAGCAGAAAAACUUCAACAGUUCCAUUUUACAAAGACCUUUACUUAUAUUCAACCCAGAAAUUGACUGUUCUUUCAUUAUCACUCGUGAUGUUCCAUCUCCAAGUCCUGAAUUGUGGUGCUGCUUGGAUUGCAGUGACGAAUACCACGCAAUUUGCACAGCAUGCAAGAAUAGAUGCCACAAAGGACACAAUGUCAUCAAAUUUAAUGGAACAAAAGCUUAUUGUACUUGUGGAUCAGGAAUUUUGAAAAAUCACUGCACAUGUAUGAAAAGAAAGAACGCGUUGCAACAGCAUGAAAUUAGAUAUUGA